AUGGCCGUGGCUCUGGGAGUUGGUGCGGUGGAAGCGGCACUUGAAGGACCUAGCGUGGGUGGCCGCGGCCAAAGGAGCCUCUCCAAGGAUGGGGGUGGGGAUCACUCGUGGCUGCUUCCUCCUGCCAUCCUCUUUGUGCAAUCUCAAAAUAUCAGUGUGGUUAAUCCAGAUGUGAGUGUGGUUAAUCCAGAUGUGAAGGUUAUGGUCUGUAGCAUCAGAAUAUAUAAAAUUUAA